AUGGCCCUACAAAUGAUGAUGGGGAAAGGAGCAUUGCCAGGAAAAGGGCUGGGAAGACAGUUGCAAGAAGAGGUUCAAAUCCCAAAAUUGAUUGAGAAGAAGGACCGUUUUGGCUUGGGCUUCACUCCAGACUACAAGCACAAGAGGCAGGAAAUAGAGAAGCGCCAAGCGAGAAGAAAGGCUCGUUUGAAUGGAAGAGAAGCGGAGUGGGAACUGAUGACAUUCCCACCUAUAUCCAAAUCCUUCAAAUCAGGAGGAUUGCUGAUAAAGGAAAGUCAUCAAGUUAAUUCUGUACACAAUGAAGGAUUGGAGCAAGGAAGCCUCGAGGGGAAGAAUUUUCUUUAUUGGAACGGUGUUCGAGCUGAACUGGUGAUUUCAGAACCUGAACUAGCCAAAGAGGUUUUGAAAAAUAAUGAAAAAGCUUUUCCAAAAAGAACGGCUACAAUUUAUGGUAGGAAGCUCCUAGGGAAUGGGAUUGUGUUCAUUGAGGGCGAAAAAUGGGCAAAGCAUCGAAAGUUGGCCAAUUACGCUUUCCAUGGAGAAAGCUUAAAGAACAUGACUCCAACAAUAAUUGCUAGCGUUGAGACAAUGAUGAAAAAGUGGAAAGGUCAAGAAGGCAAAGGAAUCGAAGUGUUCCAUGAAUUUAGAUUGUUGACUUCAGAAGUGAUAUCAAGAACAGCUUUUGGCAGCAACAAAAUUUGGAAAACUGCUGAUUUACUUGAGUCAGAGAAACUCGAAAAAGGAAUACACGAUUGUGUGCUGGAGAUUGUUAAGAAAAGGGAAAACAAAUUUGUGAGUGGAGAAGUUGAUGGCUUUGGAAAUGAUUUUUUAGGAUUGCUAGUGAAUGCCUAUCAUGAUUUGAAUGACAAAAGCAUGCUUUCAAUGGAAGAUUUGGUAGAUGAAUGCAAAACAUUCUACUUUGCUGGACAGGAAACUGUCAAUUUCUUACUUGCUUGGACUAUCUUGCUUAUAGCAAUCCAUGGAGAUUGGCAAGAGAAAGCAAGAGGAGAGGUGAUUGACAUAUUUGGUAACCAAAAUCCAUAUCCCGAAGGCAUUGCCAAACUUAAAAUUAUGACCAUGAUCAUUAAUGAAACUCUAAGAUUGUAUAGCCAACCAAGUGGCAUGAUGAGAAAAGUUGAAAAAGAAGUUCGCUUGGGAAAGCUAGUCUUGCCUGCAAAUAUAGAUCUUCAGAUUGCAAGUAUUGCAUUUCAUUGUAGCCCUCAAUUAUGGGGAGAUGACGUGCAUCUUUUUAAACCAGAGAGAUUCGCCAAAGGAGUUGCCAAAGCUACUAAUUACAAUGCUGCUGCAUUUUUUCCUUUCGGAUUGGGACCUCGAUCUUGUGUCGGUAUGACUUUCGCAACCACGGAAGCAAAGAUUGCUCUCUCCAUGAUUCUACAACGUUAUAGCUUUACCCUCUCUCCUACUUAUGUCCACUCACCGAUAAGUCCUCUUACCCUUUAA